CAUUUCCUUUCAUUUUUUUUUAUUUGAUGGGAUCUACGGAUAAAUCCAGUUCAAAUAAUAUUCCUCAUCCUAGACGUCAUUCAGCUAUGUUGGGUACUGCUUCUUUUGAUCUUUCUUCUACUAAUACUUUUACUUUUGGACCUGUUUCAUACUCCUCUGUCGCUGGUAAUUAUAACAAAGUAGAACCAUGUGAUGAUAUGUUCAAUAGCGAUAAAAGAUCAGCACAUAAUGCUUUAGAAAGACAACGUCGUGAAGGCUUGAACACAAAAUUCCAACAAUUAGCUCAUGCUUUACCAGGCUUACAAAAUGUCCGUCGACCUAGUAAAAGUAUGAUUGUCGCCAAAUCUUUAGAGUUUGUGACAAAAUCAGUUCAACGAGAUGCUUCUUAUCAAAAUAAGAUUCGACAGUUACGUAAAGAACAUGAUACUUUGCGUAAACACACUGAACGAUCUCAACAGCAAUUAAGAAAAAGAAUGAACGCUGAAGAAGUGACUAAUGUCUCAAAAGGAAAACCAAAUACUGAACCUGAUAUUCAUCGUUCGCCUAUACUACAGCCAACAACAAAGAGACAUAAAUCUCGUUCAUCACCACCAUUACCGUCUACCAUAUCCUCAUCCAAAGUCAUGACAUCUAAAGCGACAUCCAUAUCUACCUCAACAGCUCCAGUCAAGAAAGGGUCUACGCUUCAUAAAUUUGUUCAUCAUCAUAUACCUUGUUCUGAUAAUGAUGUGAAAACAAAUGUUGGUGGAUCAUCUACUGAAAAAAGAUCACCCAACAAAAUGGAAGGACAACUUUCUUCAACUCGUUCAACUAAUGAAAACAAUACAAGUAACAGCAUUUUGAAAAGAUCAGCCAAAGUAUCAGAACCCAUCACAUCUACAGUUAUUAGUACAAGUAUUGGAAAUACUGAUAUGCUUGUGACUGUGCCACCUUGUCAACAAGAACGUCCUCAUCAACACAGUCAUCAGCAUACACAUUUAGAUUCAUCAAUGUCAUCUCCAAUGGACGCGGUAUUGACUACGUAUCCUAUUCACGAUCAUCAUCAUCAUCAUCAAAGUUGGCCACCAUUGGAUCUUUCAGCAUUACAACCACCACAAGCUAUGACUUGCCUUUCUCCACAAGAUGAUCCUUAUUAUUCACCAGAUACUCUUCAUCAACUAUUACAAGGUACCCAUUCUUCUUCUUCUUCUUCUUCUUCUUCUGAACCUCCUUCAGUUCAUUCUUUUAUUGUGAAUUCUCAAGCACAACGAUAUUCUGCGCCAUCUUCUCUUAUGCCUGCAAAUUUGACCACUCUCCCCUCAAAUACUACGUUUGCUCCUUCAACCACUCCUUUUGAUUCUUCUCAUUUAUCUACAUAUACGAUGCCAUAUCCAAUCAUGUAUCCUCAACGCACUCUUUCCACUCCAGAGUCAUCGACAUUAUCUUAUUUCUGGAAAUAAGAUUUUUUUUUACCCCUUUAGUACUCGUUUUGAUUUAUGCCCUAUACUAUGUCUUCCUUUUUUUUUUUUCUCGUUC